AUGCCUAUCGCUCCCAUUACUGGCAAGCUCAGGAAACGCUUCUGGGUUGACCUUUCCACCGCCCUUGGCCUCGGCAUCAGCGCCGGCUACGCUUUCUGGUAUGGUGUACACCUGAAAACAGUUCAGAGGCAGGAGGAGUAUUACCUCAAGCUCGAGAGGGCCAAGCAGCAGGAUCAGUAG